AUGGACAUCUCUACCCUCCAGGCAACAGCCAACCGCAUCCUCCUCGACCCCCACUACCACGCCCCGCUCACCCUCCUAAAAGCCAUCCGCAAUGGCCUGGUCUACGGCACAAAAGUUCGCUUCCCGCACGCCCUAGUAAUGAUCCUCUUAUUCCGCUCCGGGCCCCUCCCUCAAAAACUAUCCGCAAUUCUCAAAGCAACCCGCCAGCAUGCCAGAAACCUAGCCACCUUUGCCUUCAUCUACAAAGCCUUUAUGCUGCUACANAAAAACAUACGCCCUUCCAACAAAGAGUUGAAAUCUGAUAGUUUUGUGGCUGGGUUGGUGGGUGGAUACUAUGUCUUUGGUCGUAGCAGGAGUAGUGUCAAUCAGCAGAUUGUUAUCUAUGUUGCUGCCAGAGUGAUGCUUGCUGCAGCGAGUUUGGCCGUUCAACCCCGUGGCGACAAUACUUUGUUGGGAGGAAAGUAUGGCGGCAGAGGAGGAAUGGGAUUGUUGAGUUUGUCGGAUGAGAACAGAGAAGCGGUUAGGAAACAUGCUUGGCCUGUGUUUGCGAGUUUGAGUUGGGCGUGUGUCAUGUGGUUGUUUAGGUUUUAUCCUGAGAUGCUGCAGCCGAGUUUGAGGAGUUCCAUGACUUAUAUGUGGGUGGUGGUCUUGUUGUUGAUCGAAGAUGGAAUGCUAACGAGAAUGACAGANUAUGAAAACUCGGAUCACUGGGACUCAUUCAGGAACUUCUUGUGGCACAACAAAUGA